UCCGUGUACACACGUACUGGAUACGCUAGGGUACAGCAGUAGAUUCAGAUCAAGAAUGUGGACGAGAAUGAGUCUUACGUUCCUGACUGCGCUGGCGGGGCUGCACAUUACCAAUACACAGAUAGUGUCAACUCAAAAUGGACAGCUUCUUGGACAACGACUAUCAGUGUUGGGCAAGUCCCUUGACGUAUUCUAUGGAAUCCCAUAUGCCAAGCCUCCGGUAGGCGAUCUUCGCUUUAAGCAUCCUCAGCCUUCAGAGUCUUGGGGACCGGAAGUUAGAGAUGCGCAAAAACCGACGCCAUCUUGCAUUCAAACUAAGGAUACGUUUGAAUCUUCGGAGGCUUACAGACAGACCCCUGAUGAUUACAGUGAAGAUUGUCUUCAUCUGACAGUGUGGACGCCAUCAGCCAAUCGUGGCAAUCUGGCGGUGAUGGUCUGGAUCUAUGGUGGGGGGUGGCAUUUCGGAUCAACACGGGUACCACUGUAUGACGGCAAAUACCUUGCAGCAGAGAAUAACGUCAUCAUUGUUUCCAUGAAUUACAGAUUAGGUCCUUUAGGGUUCAGCUACCUGGGGCCAGAUACCAUCCCUGGCAACAUGGCCUUGAUGGAUCAAAGACUGGCCUUACAAUGGGUGAAGGACAAUAUUGUCAGCUUUGGUGGAGAUCCAGCCCGGGUGACCAUAUUUGGAGAAAGUGCCGGAAGUGCCAGCGUAGGUCACCAUUUGAUUUCACCUCUGUCAAGUGAUUUGUUUGACAGAGCUAUCAUGCAAAGUGGAACUCAGGUUGCUAACUGGGCUUACACCUUCCCUAAAACAGCAAAACGGAAGAUGAAGAGGUUUGCUGUUCUCCUUGGAUGUUCAUCUUCAACUGAUGCAGAUAUAUAUGACUGCUUGAAGACAGCAGAUGCACAAACUAUGGCAGACCUUCAGUUUGGUUUGUUUGAUGAAGGGCUUGCUUUUAAAGCAGUCGUGGAUGGGUACUUCCUCCCCGAUGACCCCAAAACUCUUGUGUCUCGCGGUUCUAUCAAGCAGACCAGUGUAUUACAUGGUUUUACUAAAGACGAGGCAACACUGUUUAUGUCAGUGAUAUUGAGGCAGGUGAGAAACACAUCUUCAUUACCGGAAACAAUGAUUUUAAGUCGCCCGGAGUAUGAAAAUCUCUUUGAACUUGAUUUUGCAACUGGAGAACCAAUCGAAGAACCCCUUCGUCUGUUUUAUGAAAGUCAGAAAACACCUCUAAAGUACACCGACUAUUUUGAUGUUAUAAAGCGCGUGAGUUCCGAUAAGGGAUUGAAAUGUCCUCAUCUUGACUUUGACAGAUUGUACUCUCCUGCUAACCCUACCUACGUGUACAGUUUUAAUCACCGACUAUCAAUUAGUCCGAAUCCACAGUGGAUUGGAGCAACCCAUUGGUAUGAGGUUGAGUUUGUGUUUGGUUUGGUCCUUGACGAGUCCCUGGGAUGUACAGAGGAGGAGAUGGAACUCAGCAGGACCAUGAUGACGUACUGGACCAACUUUGCCAAGUCAGGUAACCCUAACGCUCCUGUCCCCGUCAAGGUGAACUGGCCAACCUCUGACAACACUGAUCUCUCCUACAUGGCCCUUGAUGUGGGCAGGAAACUAGGUGUAGGACAAGGGGUAGUCCAUCACGAAUGUGUUUUCGUCAACAGGAUUCUACCCAUGAUGUCUGCAGACCCAUCUGAAGGGCAGGAGUAUUGCACGUGAA